UGCUGCCUCCAUCGCCCGAUCUCAGCCACAGGCGAAAGCAGUAGCGUUCGGAGCGACCCACAGAUCGCCUCCACAACCUCCCCGCAACCUCCGAACCGGAUCGGACCGAGGCAGGGAAGCGAGCCAAGGAGCGGUCUUCGCGGGGCAAUUCGGAACCACGCGCCGCUGCCCGUGCCGCUGCUAAUAUGUGUGUGCCUGCUGUCUGGCCCUGUACUCCUGCCCGCUAUGGCGCGUGUGGAGCGUGGUCGGCCGAGUGAGGGGGCGGCCCCACCCGGGAUGGGCAGCGUGGGCAGCGGGGUCGCCGGCGAACAGGAGUUCGCCAUGAAGAGCGUGGGAACACGCACCCAGAACAGCCUGCCACGUGGCCCACCCCCGGCCCGCCGGGCCCUGGAGGACCGCAGCUACAGCGCCGAGCGGCCCGGCCUGCCCGCCAGCUCCGAGGGCACGGGCUCCAGCGACGAGCGCAGCUACGGGACCGACCGCACCUACACCGCCGAGCGGCCCCCGCCGCCCGCCUCUGAGUUCCCCGUUUCCAACGGCGAGCGGGCGCUGUUCAACGGCAACCGCCUGGUCUCCAACGGCGACCGGCUGGUGUCUAACACCCUGUACCUGAACGGGGCAGGGCGGCGGGAGGGCCCGCGGGGCGCCAUGAGUCUGGACAUCUGCGGCAACAAUGUGGCGCUCAACAACGAGAAGAACAGCAGCCUGCCCCCACCCCAGUACCGAGAGCCCCCAUUGGCCAAGCUGGACAACCACAACCCCCCCAAAAUCCUGCCUGUGUCUGGCAAGUUGGAGCAGAACAACGAUGGACUGGUCCGCCCCUCUGCCUUUAAGCCAGUGGUGCCCAAGAGCUUCCACUCCAUGCAGAACCUGGUGUGCCCCCCCCAGACAGGUGUGGGAGGGGGUCGUGGCGCCGGGGGUUCCGGUGCGGUGGGGAGCCACAGAGAGCGGGACAGCCCGGGAGGGAGCGGAGGCGGGGGUGGCAGGGGAGGGGGCCGGGGCGGGCAGGGGGGGCUGUCCGACUCCGGGAGGAACUCUCUGACUAGCCUGCCCACGUACACAGGCUCUGGUUCAGGCUACGGGCCUCCGCACACACUGGGGCCCCUGAGUGCCUCCACCAGCCACAUUAACCGGCUGGGCACAGCCGCCCUGGACAAGCUGGACAAGCCAGGCUACCAGAACGGACUCAGCGCGUCCGACAGCGGCCGCUCCUCGUCUGGGAAGAGCUCCUCCUCCUACCAGCGCCUCAGCCACCUGGGCGAUGCCCCUGCACCGCUGCGCCCCUCCCCCUCCUCCGAUGACAUCAUCCAGGACCUGGAGGACAGGCUUUGGGAGAGGGAGCAAGAGGUGCUGCACAUGCGCCGGAACCUGGACCAGAGCGAGGCGGCCAUCGUGCAGGUGUUCGAGGAGAAGCAGCGGGUGUGGGAGCGGGAGAUGGAGGAGCUGCGGCAGAACUACGCCGUGCGGCUGCAGCAGGUGUCGCGCCGCGCCCAGCGCACGCAGCAGGCCCUGCAGGCCCAGAUCGCCCGGCUGCAGCAGGACAAGCGGCGGCUGCAGGACGAGAUCGCCGCCCUGCUCUCGCACCGUGAGGAGCUGGAGAGGAAGUGCCUGGACUACAGGAAGGAGCAGGCCGACAUCCUGCCCCGCCUGGAAGAGACCAAGUGGGAGGUUUGCCAGAAGGCGGGAGAGAUCUCCCUGCUGAAGCAGCAGCUGCGGGAGAGCCAGGCGGAGGUGACCCAGCGGGCGGGCGAGAUGGUGGCCCUGCGGGGCCAGCUCAAGGAGCUCAAUGCCCAGCUCAAGGAGCGGGAGGAGGUGAUGUUGGGGUUAAAGGACUCCUACAGCAGCAAGAGCCUGGAGCUGGAACGCUGUGAGGGGGAGCUGCAGAAGACACUGACUGAGGUAUCUAUGCUGAGGGACAAGCUGGGAGUGUUUGAGGCAGAGGUGAAGGGGCUGAAGCGAGCUCUGGGCGAGCUGAGCGGGGGCGGGGCCGGGGGUGUGCCUGGGGGUGGGGCUGUGGGAGUGACCGGCGGCGGGACUGGGAGCGGCGUUGGAGGCGGGGCCAGGGGAACGGGAAGGACCUUAGGGGGGCUGCCCUCUCCGCAGAGCCCGUCGGAGGCGGCGGCCCUGCCGCCCCCGGCCCCGCCCCCUGCGGACGCGCUGCUGAGCCUGCAGUCGGACGAGGCGAAGGCGCAGCGGCAGGAGGCGGGCGACCUGCGCCGGCAGCUGGAGCGCCUGCAGGGGGAGCUGCGCCUGGAGCGGCAGCAGCGCGAGAGGCAGGCGCUCACCUUCGCCCAGGAGCGCCACACCUGGCAGGGCGAGAAGGAGCGCGUGCUCAAGUACCAGGCGCAGCUGCAGGUCAACUACGUGGAGAUGCUGCAGAAGAACCAGGCGCUGGAGCAGCGCGUGGGCGAGCUCAACACCAAGCUCGUCACCUCCCCCACCUCGCCGCCCCCCGCCCCCCUACCCGUCCCGCUGACCCUCCCGCUCUCCCUCUCCCCGCCCCCCGCCGCCGCCGAGGACACGAAGCCUCCCGCCAUGCACCAGCUGGCUCCCCCCUGGCCUACCCCCUCCCGCUUGGAGAGGAUCGAGUCGACGGAGAUCUAACCAACCCCGAACUGUUCAGUCCGGCAAAUCAAAAAAUUAAAUGCAUUCAGUUCAGUACAAUUAUCCUUCAGUACCAGUAUCAAUAUCCUUCAAUACAGUCCGGUUUAAAGUCAUACCCACUGCUCCCCUGGGCAGUCCUGCCACUGCCAAAGGAGCCACAGACAGAGGGGCGAGGACUCAGGGCCCAGGCAGCAGCACUGGUCAGAUUGGUCAGGCAGGACUGAUGGAGAAUUCGGGCUGGACAGGCACUGGAGGGAGGGGUGUUCGUUUUUGAGAUUUUGGGGCAGUGAACACCGAAACUCACACUGACAGUCAAACCCACUGGCGCAGCUCAUACGCUGAACCCGACACUGACGCUCAAGCACUAGCACACGUUCACGCACACAGAAAUGUACGCUGACACUUUCACGCAAGGACAAAAGCAGACGCUCCAUCACUGUCGAAAGGUGUCGAUGGUCAGUGUUUCCCAGUGCUGCCACGGCAUCCUGGUCAAAGAACCGCGGGUCUAGAAUUCCCACAGUGUGCCAGCCAGCCCUGGAAACCACAGCCGUUGGCCCUAUGUUCUCCUUGCCAAGGGAACAAGCCCCCUGCGGGCACAGAAAGAGACCGAGACCAGAGAUCAGCCCGCCAGCAGAGGGUCAGUAGAGUCACCAGAGAAUUGUCCUCAGUGACACCAAAGGAGGUCCCGAAAGUGCCCCCUUGUGGUCUGUUGGUGCCAGGGCAACACAAAGCACUUGGUUGUAUCCCCAGAAUGAUAGCAGUUCUCAGUACCAGUUCUGUGGUGUUUUCAGGCUCAAGGGAAAAGGGGCAUUGGAAUAUACUGAAGAGCAGAAAAGGUCGAGGGGGCGGAGACUUCGGAGGGGGUUUUAGAAAGUGAAAACGCUUUAGUGUAUGAAGGGACACACAGGCGUGUGUCAGUUUGACAGCUGAAUACAGGAACGUGUAAAAAAAGGUGUUUCAGGGACACUGGGCAAGAAGGGCCAAAUGUAUACCAAGGAGUUUAUCAGGGACAUUGGAGUUUUAGGGGAUUAUUAGACAUUGGGGGGACAAGUGUAUUUCAGGGAUAAGGGGUAUUUUUGUUGGGGGGUGUUAAUAGUGUGGAUUGUUUGUUGAAGGGAGAUAGGGAGGGGUGGUAGGGUAUUCCACAGGAUAGGGGGGUUACACUAAUCUGUUUCAGUGGAUGGGAAGAUGACACUAGUGUGUUUCACUCGAUGCGGGGCUGAUACUAUAGCGCGUGUCAGUCAGUGACACCCAUGUGUUUCAGGGACAAUGGAGAGCCCGUCUCUCUUGCACUGUCAGCGCCUGCAGUGACUGAGGACAAACACCAGAGGGCAGAAUGCUGACACAGAGCUCCCAAUCAAAGGAAGAAUUACUUGAAAAAUGACUUUCGCAUUUCUUUGUAUUGAACGUUGACGGCGAACAAAAAAAAAAAAAAAAUGGCUUCACUUUGUUAAUGUAAUACCUUGAUCUCUAUUGAUGUUUCUUUGAGUGGAGAGUAGAGGAAGGGUUAGUGAACGCUUGUGUUAAGGCUGGUCAAUGAAGCUGGUAAUCUGUGUUAGACAACAGUGACAUGCAGCAGCAGAUAGCAGCUGAACCAGAGGAGCUUGAUGAAUAGUGGUAAGACUGAGACAUGACUGGAAGGAAGUGCACGUUAAGAAUAUGUAGACAUAGAAAAGAUGGGAAAUGACAUCUUGCUCCGAAAGGUGCCACUCGGUGACAUGGAAGGGAACAGUGCAAUUGCAUGUGUGUGUGUGUGUGUGUGUGUGACAGAGAGAGAGAGAGAAAAACAGAGAGAAAGAGAGAGAGAAUGAAUGUAUGCGUGCAUGUACCAGAGCACUCAUGUGCAUGCCUUUGCAUGCACGAGUGUCUGUGUGUGUGGACGUCAUCGCCGUAACUCUCUUAAUGUCCCGUUGCGACGAGGCCGCGAAAUACACAGCCCCCAGCGAGCGGAAAGGGGGAGUGUGGAAAAAAAAAAAUUACGCACUGACACAAAUAUGGAGGGACCGAAAACAGACAAGGACAGGGUGACACAGAGUUAAAGUGAGGGAUGAAACAGACAGAGAGCGGGUAGAAUGAGAUACGGCAUGCACAGUCAGAGUCGAGAGAGAAAGGAUGAAUGGGAGGAGGAUGGAAGCCAGAUAAAUAGAGUGGAAAAAGAAUAAAGUGAAGGGGUAGGUUAUAGGUGGCCAGAUUUGCUGCUAUGUUCUUCUGUUGUGUCCUGCUGUGUUCUUGGUAGAAACAGAGAGGCAGUGUACUUGGAUGUAAAUAUCAUUGUUAUUUAUGUGUACAUAUUUA